CAACUUCAUCUAUAGAAACUUUUGAAAAUAAUUUCUUAUUAGAAGAUUUAGACCAAACUUUCUUUGAAUUCUGCCUGACGGGUGCAACUAUGUUUGCCUAGAGGAUAGCUGUAGCCAAGCAAGUUGAGACGAGCUUCUUGUGAGUGACACUGAGGACUCUUCCACAGGGAUGGGAGAACCGUAGGGCGUACCUUGUAAAGGAAGCGAAGAAGAGAAUCACAGGACAAUGAUCAGAAUCCACUUGCAUAUCACCAAAUUCUGGCCAUCACUCCCAGUUAAUGGCUUCCCAAUCAUGAUUCACCAAAACCCUAUCCAACUUAGCCCAUUUGUCCCCUUUGUUCCAAGUGAAAUUAAGGACAAUAAAGAUGACAUUUUGAACCUGGUGCAAUUCCCUGUAGGUAAACUACCUGUCAGAUACCUGGGCUUGCCACUCACAUCUCAAAGGGCUUCUGAAAGGGACUUUGCCCCCCUUAUUGCUAAAGUGGAGGAGAAUAUACAUAGAUGGAAUUCCAAGACAUUGUCCCGGGCAGAGAGAGUGGAGCUGAUUAAGAGUGUCAUACAAGGAAUUCAGAGUUUUUGGCUUCAAGCCUUUCUAGUCCACAAGUCUGUGCUUAACAGGAUUACCACUAUUUGCAGAACUUUUCUUUGGGGAAGUAAAUUUUCAAAGGUUGCUUGGUCUGAUAUUUGUAAGCCCACUGAAGAAGGAGGUUUGGGACUUAGAGAUUCCUACACCUGGAACCAAGCUAUUCUGGUCAAGAACCUUUGGAAUAUUGCCUCUAGGAAGGAUACACUGUGGGUAAAAUGGGUCCAUUCUGUUUAUCUUAGAGGCAGAGAGAUCUGGAGCUGGACACCUAAGAAGGGUGACUCACACCUCUUCAAAAGGCUGUCCAUUGCUAGAGACACCAUGAUUGAGAAAUGUGGGGGGCUUGAUAACAUUGAAGAGUACAUACAGGGUCUGUGUCACAAUGGGGCCUUUAACACCUCCAAGGCUUAUGAUACCCUCAGAACUAGAAACCCUAUUAAGCCUUGGAUGAAGUUUAUCUGGCAGGCCUACAUUCUCCCUAGAUUUUCAUUCACCACCUGGUUAGCUUUACGUAGGCGCCUACCCACCAAAGUUAACCUACCCUUUGUGGAAAUGGAAACUAGGAACUGUAGUCUUUGUCAUAUGGAACUGGAAAUCUCUGAGAACCUUUUCUUCUUUUGCCAUAUCAGCUCACAGGUUUGGAAUGGGAUCAAGCAGUGGCUUAACAUUGAUGCUUCACUCUCCACAAUAAAAAGAGCCAUCAAGUGGCUAAGGAGGCAGCAUACUGGACACAACAACAGGAAGAAGUUUUGUAGAUUGGGAACUAUGAGUGUCAUUUACCACAUCUGGAAGAUGAGGAACAAUGUGUACUUUGAUAAUCAUGUUGUGGAUGUUCAGAAGAUGAUUUAUAUGAUCAAGUUAAGCAUGUACAAGAUUAUGUUUAGGCUGUUCCCCUAUAGCCUAACCACUUUGACCUAGAGGUGGUUGGUGCUUCAUUUAGGGGGUUGGUGCCCUUGGGUUUUGAUGCUUUGAUGGGUGGUGGUUGAGAUGACACACUUUCUGCUUUUGUUUGCUAGAAACAAACUAAACUCCAAUCAACUCAUCUUUGGUGUGGUUGACUAGAGAAUAGUUAGGGUCUGGUUGGGGGUUACCCCUAGGUGGUUGCUUGUUUGGAAACAAUCUAAACACUACCCACCUACCCUUUUGGGUUGGGGGUAGUGAAUAGAUUGGGUCCCGGGGU